GACAGAUACCGGCGUUGUGUUUAUUUUACGGCUUCUCGGACGGAGGAAAGCAAAACAAUCAGCCAGCAGGUUUUAUUCGAAAUUCGAUCGUGAAUUCUUUUGAAUUUUCGGCUCUAUUGCAGCACCAUGGCAUUACCUCCGCAUAGCGCACCACACCCGAAUCCUAUCGAAAUAAUCGCCAUAAAAGACAUCUAUCCUGGACUGAAAAACAUCAAUGUAAUCUUCAUCGUUCUGGACGUCGGUCCGGUAACGCUUACGAAGGAGAACCGGGAAGUUCGCACCUUUAAAGUGGCCGAUCAGAGCGCCGCCAUCAACGUGUCCGUUUGGGAUGAACCGGGCAAGCUGCUGAUGCCGGGAGAUAUCGUACGGUUGACGAAAGGAUAUGCAGCCAUUUGGCGCCAAUGUCUUACCUUGUACUCGGGCAAGAAUGGGGAAAUUCAUCGGUUGGGCGAUUUCUGUUUCACCUUCAAUGAAAUGAUCAACAUGAGCGAGCCGAAUCCGAACCUUGGCGUAGGGAACGCUCCAAUCCAUGGGAAUGGCGCAGCGACCGGAAAUUCCGCCGGUUCCAAAGUGGGAGGACGGCAAGCAGUCCCUAGUGAGGCAGGACCACCUCAAGUAUCGACCGGCGGAUCAGGAGGCGUGAAAGGAGGGCAAUCGGCGGCCCGAUUCGGAUCCGGAGGAGCUGAGCAAAGUAAAUCUUCCCCCAAGAAUGCCCCGAGAACUGGCCGUAGUGGUCAGGCCAAAGGAGGAGCAUCGAAAAACGAAAGGAGAUAAUGAGUUAUGUGUUUGGAAGAUAGUUGUUUUUAAGCUUAACUAAUGUCUAUAAUAUAGUGUAUCCAUUCUUAAAA